GUAGUGGGUAGUGAUAGUGGUAGUGGUGGUGCUUCUGCUGCUUCUUCUGCUUCUGCCUCCUGCCGUUUCCAUCGAUGGUACCUCGAUAGUAGUAGAAGAAGAAGAAGAAGAAGAAGAAGAAGAAGAAGAAGAAAUAGUAGUAGUAGUAGUAGUGGUGAUGUUGCUGGUGUUAUCAGCCCACGCGGAGAAUCUCUAGUCACUUCUCUCGGACUUGUGUUAUAUAUUCUAUUCUUUUUUCUUUUCUUUCUCUUUUUAUCUUUCUCUCUGUCUCUCUUUCUUUCUCGUUCUGUAUCUCUCUCUCUCUCUCUCUCUCUUUCUAUCUUUUUCUCGCUCGUUCUCGUUAGUUCGUUCGUUCGUACGUUCGUUCGUUUGUUCGUUCGUUCGUUCGUUCGUUCGUUCGUUCGUUCGCACGGUCUCUUUCUCUUCUCGUAAGAGAUAAAACGAAAAAGAAUCGAUAUAGAGUACGAGGAUUCUUUGAGUAUAUCAUUUAAUUCGCAACGAUAAUCCGAGAAUAGUUUCUUCGUUUUGAAAUACGACAGAGAAGAGAUCGAGCCGACAUCAUGGCGUUCGCUGGAUUGAAGAAACAAAUCAACAAAGCUAAUCAGUAUAUGACGGAGAAGAUGGGCGGCGCCGAGGGGACCAAGCUCGACGUCGACUUCGUUGAUAUGGAGAGGAAAACAGACGUGACCAACGAGUUGGUAGAAGAGUUACAAAUGAAAACGAAAGAAUUCCUUCAGCCGAAUCCAACGGCAAGAGCGAAGAUGGCGGCGGUCAAGGGCAUUAGUAAACUCAGUGGCCAAGCAAAGGCCUCGACCUAUCCUCAACCCGAAGGUGUUCUUGGCGAUUGCAUGCUUACAUAUGGCAAAAAACUAGGCGAGGAUAGUAUUUUCGCUCAGGCCCUUAUUGAAAUGGGUGAUGCGAUGAAGCAGAUGGCCGACGUGAAAUAUUCCUUGGACGAUAACAUAAAGCAAAACUUUUUGGAACCUUUGCACCAUCUGCAGACCAAGGAUCUCAAGGAAGUUAUGCAUCAUCGGAAGAAACUUCAAGGAAGGCGAUUGGACUUUGACUGCAAGCGAAGACGUCAAGCUAAAGCUGUGGGAAAGAGAUCGGGAAGCCCACAUUUUGGAAGUCCAGCAAAAACUGCACCCUACGCCGGUUCUCACGUUUCAGACGACGAGAUUCGGCAGGCCGAAGAAAAGUUUGCCGAGAGUCUUCAUCUUGCCCAAAUGGGCAUGUUCAAUUUACUGGAGAACGAUGUAAGUGAUGGUUAUGUCGAACAAGUUGCUCAAUUGGCGACAUUCAGCGAAGCACUUUUAGAAUAUCAUCAACAAUGCAUCGACAUUUUGCGAAUCCUAACUGAUAAACUUUUGGAAAAGAAAGAAGAAGCAGCGAUCAGACCAAAAAUGGAAUUCGUUCCUAAGACAUUUGCUGAUCUACACGUCGAAGGUUUAACAACUUCGGAUGCCAUGAACGGUGGGAACUUCUCCCUUCACGGAGCAAGUCGAGCCGGUUCUCCGGUCCAUGGAGACGGGAAGCGUUCGCAGCUCGAACUAUUCCCGGCCGGAAAUCCGCCGCAAUCUGCCAAUGCUUCGCCAUUGCCAUCACCGAGCAAAUCACCGGCUAGGACACCAAUGACGAGACAACCAUGUUGCACGGCUCUCUAUGAUUUUGAACCUGAGAAUGAAGGAGAACUUGGAUUCAAGGAAAACGAUACCAUCACCCUGAUUCAAAAGAUCGACGAGAAUUGGUACGAAGGUAGCUUAAAUGGACGCAAAGGAUACUUCCCUGUGACUUACGUACAGGUCGUAGUACCGCUUCCCUAAAAUUGAAUGGAGAAAUUGACUUACCAAAGAGAGACCCUUGCAAAUCGUUCGCUAGCGUCUAACCACGAUAAAAUUAAUAAUAAUUAUUGUUAUAUUAUUAUGCCUCUAUCUCUCUGUCUCUCUCUCUUUCUUUCUCUCUAUCUCUGUCUCUAUCUCUAUCUCUAUCUCUAUCUCUAUCUCUACUUCUAUCUCUAUCUUUAUCUCUUUAUAUUAUUCAAUUUAAAUCAGGAUUAUGCCAAGAGAUUAGAAAUCGUAUUAUAUAUUGCAUCGUUAUGAUUUAAUCGAGCUUAUCCUAAAACGAUCCUUAAAAAAGAGUUUCUAUCUUUAUCUAUCUAUCUAUCUAUCUAUCCAUCUAUCUAUCUAUCUGUUUGUCUGUUUGUCUAUCUAUCUAUCUCUUUCUCUCUCUCUUUCUUUCUCUUUCUCUUUCUCUUUUCUUCCAAGAAUAGCCUCAAUUAUACGCAUGUUAAUAAUGUACAUAUAUAUAACGUUAUAAUAGUGUCUUUUAUCGAGUUAAGAAGGACCUUCGCGCGCGCAGACGAACACGGAAUGCAUAUUCGCAAAGUAUAUGUAUAUAUAUAUAUUAUAUUAUAUUAUAUUAUAUUAUAUAUAUGUAUAUAUAUAUAUAUAUAUAUUCAUAGACAGGCAUAUAUUAUAUAUAGAUAUAUAUAUAAAGAUAUAUAUAUAAAAAAACGUAUAUACCUAUAUAUGUAUAUAUAUAUAGAUUUACACAGAUAUGUUAUUACGCAGACGCUAAUAAUUAAACAUCACUGAUCAUUCAUAUGUUUACAUAAAAUAUACAUACAUAAAUACAUACAUACAUACAUACAUACAUACGCUAUGAAAAGUACCUACUACGGUUAUGUAGUCCACUGCGAUGGGGGCGGCUAUCUAUCUCCUUCGUUUCUUUUUUCUUUUUUCUCUUUUUCCUUUUCUUUUUUUCCCUUUUUUUUUCACAUCCAUUUUAUCUCUCAAUAAUAACUAUCCUGACAAAAAAAUAAUAUUGAUAUUAUUAAUAAUAAAAUAAUAAUAAUAAUAAUAAUAAUAAUAAUAAUAAUAAUAAUAAUAGUCAUAGUAAUAAUAAUAAUAAUAUUAUUAUAAUGCUAAUAAUGAUAAUAAUAAUGAGGAUAAUUCAAAACAAAAGAAAAAAAAACAAAAAAAAACAAAACGAGAAAAGAAGAAAAAAGAAAAAAAAGGUGGAAGUCCAAAACAAAUCCCGCGAUCAGACCGCACAAAAAUAUCAUCCUUGUUGAUCUCUGAUAACGUCAAUUUUUCUUUUAAGAGAUAUUAUUAGCAAUCUUUAAAUCUCUUGAUUCUACUUGAUCCAUCGAUCGAUUUUACUUCGUCCCUGCCAUUCUCAUUCAAUUCUUUUCGUUUAUUUUUUCUUUCUCUUUUUUUCUUUUCUUUCCUUUUCCUUCAUUAACGAAAAAAUAUAUGUGACGAUCGUUUCAUUCUCAUGGGAAAUUCGUAUGGCUUGCGUUGGUCCAUAGCAAUGCGAAUCAUUGUUCGCGUAGAAAAACAAAAAAAAAAAAAAGAAAAAGAAAAAAAAAAGAGAAAAUUAAAAUUGAAACUUUUCAAUUUGAAUUAGCUAUUCGAUGCUUUUCGUUUCUCUCUUUUUUUUUUCUUUUUAUUUUUCUUUUUUUUCAUAUUACUUUGUUUAUUUUCUUUUUUAAUUUUUGAGUUAUACUCUCCUCUGCUAUUCCUAUCCUUUUCUUUUUCUUCUUCUUCUUCUUCUUCUACUUCUAACUCUUCUAACUAUUGUUUUUUUUUUCUUCUACUUCUAACUAUUCUUCUUCUUCUUCUUCUUCUUCUUCUACUAGUACUACUUCUAACUCUUCUAAGUAUUCUUCUUCUUCUGACUCUUCUUCCUUCUUCCUCUUGCAAGUCGAUUGAAAUCCUUCUUCCUCGAUCGUUUAGAACGACUUUUCUUUUUUCUUUUUUUUUUUUUAUAUAAUUACUCCUUUUCGUAGAGAGAAGACGUGUUAGAAAUGUCAUUAUUAGAAUUUAGUUUAAGCGAAACCUCGAAAUGGCGGCGAAUCUCUUCCACGAAGUCUUUAUUAAUAUUGUCGUUGCGAUUCCCACGAUAUAGUAUUAUUUUUAUUACGAAACGAACACAGAGAGAAUAUUAUACACUUAUAUAUAUAUAUAUACUAUAUAUAUAUAUAUACACUAUAUACUAUGUUAUACUAUACUGUACUAUAGUUUAUAGUAAUUAUAUAGUAUACUUUAUACAUAUACUAUAUACUAUAUAUACUAUACCUUACUAUGGUAUAGUAUUAUUAUACGAUAUAGAAUGCUCCAUAGAACACUGUACGCUAUAGUACGGUAUAGAGUAGUAUAGUACAGCGUAGUACAUAGUAUGUAUUAUACAUAAACUAUAUAUAUAUUUUUUUCUCUCUCUCUCUCUCUCUCUCUCUCUCCCUCUCUCUCUCUCUCUCUCUCUCUCUCUCUCUCUCUCUCUCUAUAUCUAUCUAUCUAUCUUUUUCUUUUUUGUCGUAUAUUUCAUAUAUUUAUAAUAUCUUAUUUAAUGGGAUCAUGUUUCCUAUUCAUACACACAUACACACACAUAUAUAUAUAUGUAUGUAUGUGUAUAUAUAUAUGCACACAUAUAUAUAUUUAUAAACGAUGUCCUUUUUCUUUUUCUCUUUGCCUAAAACAGUCUAAAUCUUUUGAUGGUUGACCUUGGGAAAAGAAAAAAGAAUAGUCGUUGGUUAAAUCGCGUUAAAUCGACUAGUUUCGUCCUUCCAUUUUAGACUUCGGGGUGCGAGAGUUAAACCGCCAUAACAAUGAAAGUAAUUAAGGAAGAAAGAAAGAAAGAAAGAAAUAAAAGAAAAGAAAAGAAAAGAAAGGAAAAGAUAUUAAAUGAAUAAAGAAAAUACUUGAUUAUCUGUUGCCACACGUGGAUUUUAGGUAAACUUCGAACGAUAUUUGCUAAGCUAAAUGAUAUUAAAAAAAUAUGUAUAUAUAUAUAUAUACGUAUAUAUAUAUGUAUAUAUAUAAAUAGCCGAAAUACGGUCACACGAAACAAUGGCAUUUGAGGAUGACGCUCUCUUUGAAAUUAUACGCAUUCGUUUUUUUAAGUGCUACUUUUCUUUUCUUUUUUUUACUUUUUUUUUUUCUAGAUCGUCAUCGUCAAUCGCCGUUUUAUCAUUCCUGUUUGCGUUCCAUGUAUGUGUAUAUAUAUAUACACAAGAUUUAGUAAUGAUUUCAAUUUUGUGUCCCGUAUCUUCGGUUCUUACUGAACAAAUGAUCUCUCGUUUGAUCUAGCAGUAAGUUUGGAAGUAAGGAAAAGACAAAAAAAAAGAAGAAAAAAACAGGACAUUAAAGUAAAAUAAAUAAACAACAAUAACCGUUUAUCGACUCUAAUUUAUAUAUAUAUAUAUAUAUAUAUAUAUAUAUAUAUAUAUAUAUAUAUAUUCAUUGAAAAAUUGAUUUUAUUGAAUAUGUUUCAGAUUACCAUACGAGAUUAUUAUUAUAAUUACACAUAUAUGUCCUAUACAUAAUAUAAUUAUAUAUUAUAUAUAUUAUAUAUAUAAUACAUGCAUAUAUAUAUAUAUACAAAUGAAGAAUCGAAAUUCGGUUUAUUAUAUGUAUUUCUCUCUUUCUCUUUUUCUCUCUUUCUCUCUUUUACAUUUGUUAAUUAAUCAUUUAGAAAAUUUUACUGCUAGUUCUAACGUCGAUUACUCGAAUGAUAUUCGCAAAUUCUUAUUUACCGUCUCCACACCGUUCGUACGUUUGCAAACGAUUUAAAAAUUGAUUAAGAACAUUAUCUAACAAUCCGACAAAAUAAAAACUCAUAUUUUCUAAAACGAAUGAACGAAAGGGAAAAAAUAAUGUAAGUUCGUGUAACGCGAAUUGAAAAUAUGAAUAUUAUAUCGUAAUUGAUAAAUUCGGAAAAUGUAAAACAUAUCUAUCAAAAUCUUGAGAUAUGUUAUUUCUUAAUCGAUGUUAUAAAAUUAAUCAAAUUUUAACAUCUUCGAUAAUCGAGAAUGAUCGCUAGUAUUAUUGCGUUCGUGGAUCAGUGUUUCUCAAAAAAAAGAAAAAGAAAAAAAGGAAGGAGAAAUGAAAGAGGAAUGUAUUGAAAAAUAAUGAUAAUAAUAAUAAUACUAAUAUUAAUAAUAAUAAUAACAAUAAUAAUAAUAGUAAUAAUAAUAAUAAUAAUAUAAUAAUAAAGAUGAUCAUGAUGAUGAUGACGAUGAUGACGAUGAAAUGGUGAAGAUGAUAAUGAUGAUGAUAACUAUGAUGAUGAUGAUGAUGAUGAUGAUGAUGAUGAUGAUAACUAUGAUGAUGACGAUAACAAAUUAAUUAUUGCAAAAAAAUGAAGAUAGGAGAACAAAAUGUUUAAAUAUGACGCGGGCACCAUUUUGGUACGCACUACUUUUUUUUAUUUAUUUAUUAAUUUUUUUAAAUUGCGAGCGAAAAAUAGGUUCUUUCGAUCGGUGUAAUAUAUAUAUAUAUAUAUAUAUAUAUAUAUAUAUAUAUAUAUAUUAGUUUUCUAAUACCUCAGGGGCAUCGCACGCAAAAAGAAAAAAAGAAUACUUCAUACGUCGUUAACCCUUUUUGAUUGGAAUUUUUUUUCGUUCGUCCCUACGCAAAUACUAUAUAAUAUAAAAAAUUCUGUUAUCACUUGUACUGAUACAGAGGGAGAGGGAAGAAAAUUUUCUAGGUGAUUUAAAAAAUUAAUCACACUCUUUCAUCGUGACUCUUAAGGCUAAUUUCUUUUUUCCAUCUCAUCAGACUACGAUGUUACAAGUUUAACUUGUAAAAAAAACUAUCAAGCUUAAUUGCAAGAAAAAUAAAAAAGAAAAGCCUCGAGAAAAGUUACAAUUGAUUUUUUUUUUUUUUUAAAUCGCCAAGAUACCUUUGGACCUCAUCCUGUUAUAAUUAUAUUCAGUAUAAGUUGUAUUUAAAGAAAAAAGAAGAAAAUCUAUAAGAACAAAAACCUUGUAAUACGAAAUAACAAUUAAUUUCGUGGCAAUUCAAUUAAAAUGAAAUAAAUUUUAAUUAUAUAUAUAUAUGUGACUUCAAAAUUAAGUGAUAUUACAAAAGGGUUAACACACUAUUAUGAAAUAAUAAUAUAUAUUUUAAUUAUUUUCUUUUCUCGUUUCGAAACACAUGGGAACGUGUGCGUUAAACGAAGAUCUCGCUUUUGAAACUUGUCAUGUCAUGUCCGGUGGUAUAUAUAUACACAGGAUAGGCCAAAAUGUUUCCAAAAUGAUAACAAAAAUCGAUUACUUUUCGUGUUUUCAAACUCGUCAUUAGGCUUGUAAAUUUUAAGAUCUAAAUGAAAUAAAAUGAAAAGAAAGAAUAGCCUAAAAAAUCUUGGAAAAGAGUGUAAUUGAUUUUUAAAAUCAUCUAAAAAAUUUUUGGCCUACCCUAUAUAUAUAUAUAUAUAUACAUAUGUCAGUACCUGUCUGCAGAUUUUGUCAAUUAGCUUUGAAUAUACACAAAUGGAGUAACGAGAUUUAAAAGAAAAAAGAAAAGCGAAAUGAAACAAACAAACGAACGAACGAACAAACGAACGAAAUAAAACAAUUUAAUCAGGAUGAUUAAAAUAAUUAGAAGGCAUCGAGGGUCGAGUCUUAUCUCGAAAUUAUAUUUUCGAAUGAUCGAAUUGAUUGAAAAAUUCUAUAUAUAUAUGUAUAUAUAUAUAUACACACACACACACAUUAGAUGUGUGUGUAUGUAUGUAUGUAUUUGCAUUACAUUGUAGAUGACCUUUAUUUUAUUUUUUAAUCAAAUACUUUACGUUAUCUUUUCAAUAAGAAAACGUUGAAAGAGCAAAAAUUAUAAUAAUGCAAAUUUAAAAUUAGAUUAAUUAAUUAAUUAAGAAUAUAUCAGAGACUUCAAACAAGGAAUAUCCUUAUUGAUCUUCUUGUUAUAUUGUUAGUGAUCAUUCAACAAAUUUUUGUAUAAUUGAUUGAUCUUUUACAAGACAAAUUAUUAUACAAAUAAUCAUUCUGAUUUGUUGGAUAUAUGUAUGUAUGUAUGUAUGUAUGUAUGUAUGUAUUUAUGAGUCAUUGAUUAUGAAAGUGUUUUAUCUAGGAUCAUAUAUUUUUUAUUUUAAGAUAUUUUGAUAACUUUUUUCUAUUUUUAGAUAUUAGACUUUAAGAUAUUACGUUUUUAAGAUAUUCGAGUUUGAAUUUUAUUUAGAAAAAGAUUAUUUCUCUAUAUUAUUUUUGAAUAUAAUUAAUUUAACAAAUAUUUUAAGGAUAACGUGUACGUAUGAGAUUAAAUGUAUCUUAAUUAAUAUAUCGAAUGACUUGAAUAACUUUCAUAAUCAUCGGUUCAUAUACGAAAUGUAUUAUUUUUAUACGUAAUUAUAGUUUUUAUUAAUUAGAUGAGAUAUCGUAAGAUUAGAGAUAACGUAAAGUAAAUGAAAAUUAUAUUUACGUACGCAUACAUAUAUACAUAUAUACAUACAUACAUAUACAUACAUACAUAUAUAUAUAUAUAUAUAUGCGUAUGAUGAUGGAUCAUUUCGAAUUGUUUCCCUUUUUUUUCUUUGAAGAAUGAAAUCGAAACUCGCAACCUCGUGCGUACGAUAGCAAUAAAAAAAAGUAAAUACAUAAAUAAAUAAAUAAACAAAUAACCAAAAAUUCGAGAAGAAACUCGAAGCUUUCUUAUUAAAAAUUGUCAAUUCGAUCAAUUAUUCACGACGAAUAAGCGAUUAAAAAGCGCGUCGUAUUCGUCGUCAUUUGAGAAACACUGCGUACGGUGACGGAGAACGAUUUUGAGAAUAAUUCGAGAAGAACAUAUAAGUUAAACAAAGAAAAAGAAAGAAAGAAAGAAAGAAUUCUAUGUGAUAUUAAUUUCUUUCGUUCUUGUCGAGAUACGAACGACAUAAUUAACAAAAAAAAAAAUACGAACAAACAAAGAUACAAAGAAAAAGAGACAACAACAAAACAAACAAACAAACAAACAAAUGAACAAAAUACAAAAAAGGAGAGAGCAAAAAAAAGAAGGAUCGUUUGACCGUCGUGAAAAAAAGAAAAAAAAAAAAAGAGAAAGAAAGAAAAAAAGAAAGAAAGAAAAGAUGAAUGAAGAAAAAAAGAAUUCACUGAAAUUAAUUAUAUAAAAAAAUUAAAAAAAAAAAAAAAAAAAAAACAAUCGGUAUCUCUUAUUCUAUAAAUGUUGGCUAUUGUUAAAUGUUGAAACUAUUGUUCUGCGGAGAGCUUGCGUUUUUAUUCGAGUGGAAGGACUAAAUAACUUUUUUCGUUGGAUCGAAGUAUCGAUAAUGAAUAAAUAAAAGAUAAAUACUUACGCGUAUUUAGAUUUAUGUUAGAUUUCGAUUAGUGAAAGUAAAAGUAUUAGACUGAUAUAUACAUAUACAUAUAUCGAGUUUCCCGACGUUGAAUUUUGAUCGUCCAUAUUUUGUAUCGCUUUAUCGAUCUCAAACGAUAUUUUUAUUAUAUUUCUCUCUCUUUUUUCUUCCUUUUUUUGUCAAGCAAACGAAAAAAAAAAGAAAAAGAAAAAAAGAAAAAGGGACGCAAAGGGACGACACUUCGAAGCGUUAGAAAAUCCGAAUAAUUCCACGUUCGGGAAACGAGGCUCUCCGCAUUUCUGAUCGUAAUCUUAAAUUAUCGAAAAGGAAUCGAUUAGACUUGUCGGAUCUAUCGAUUUCUACAAUUAAUAUCACUGAGCAUCCUUGGUCAGGCAAAAAUGUAUGUAUUAAAUCGAUCUUUGCUAUUCCUCUUCCUUUUUCUUUCCACUCCUGUGACUUUUGCACCCUUUCCUCAUUUUCCUCGCUUAUAGGAUCCCUUAAAUCUUUUCCAUGUAUCUUCUUCCAAAAUUUGUUCCAAGGUUUAUCACACUCAGCUCCUAAUCCUUCGUUUUUUUCCUUUUCUUUUCUUUUCUUUUCUGUCUUUUCUUUUCAUUUCUGUUUUUUUUAAUUUUUUUUUUUUUUUUCUUUCCAAAACAAUUUCCUACAGUACGCAUUGGUAAACCACGUGACUCGAGAGGAGGAGAAUGAUUUUCGUUUAUCUUGAAAAAAGAUUAUCUUGAAAAAAGAAAAAAAAGAGACCGGUGCUCACUUAUAUUUUGUAAGCGUCAGAAAAUCUGGAAUUUAUGAGAGACGCGGAAUAAGCGAGGAUUACUGUAUCUUCCUCCUCUCUUUCUCCUUCCUACCCAAUUUAUAUAUAUAUAUAUAUUUUAUUCUCUAUUCCUUUUAUCUCCUCUUUAUACGUAUAUGAGAAAUGUAUAUAUAUGUAUGUACGUAUACGUGUUCGUAUGUGUAUAUAUAUAUAUAUAUUUCUUUAUCUCCUCUGCCCUUUCGUUAGCCGUCAUAGCCAUGUUAAAGAAAUAAAAGAAAAAUUAUAUAUAUAUAUAGUAUAUAUAAACACAAAAGGGACGGCCAGUGGAUGCGACGCAGUGAUACUUUCAGACAAUACAUUACAAUUAAUUACACUUAUAUUGGUAAAUUAAUCUAUUACGAUUAUAUAUAAAAUAAAGUCAAAUACAAAGGAAUAUACGAUGUAUAUAUAUAUAUAUAUAUAUAUAUAUAUAUAUAUAUAUAUAUAUAUAUAUAUUCGAUUUCGGUCAAUGCUAAAUGAUUAUUAUCAUUAACUAAGAAAUAAAGUGUGCUCUAUGUCA